GUUCAGGAUCCAUUUUGAGACGACAGAGCAGAAAACACUAUAUGGAGAUUAUUGAAAAAUAAAGGGUCAGUGCUCUAAAAUGAGUCUCUCCGGGAAGAGAGAGGAGGGGGGCCCUGCCUCUAAAAUUCAUCUCUCUGAGGGACAUGACACCAAAGCUAAGAGCGCCCGGCCCGGGAUUCGAACCAGCCACCCUUCGUCCACAGCUCCAACUCCAACCUGAGUUAAUCUGCCAAAAUGAAGACAAAAUGCUCUGCAGACAAACAUGCCCAAUCAAGCAGGAGAGACCAGCCUCCCCUGUUCCCAGCUGUGUGUCCAUGAAGAGUGACCAGUCUAUGGGUCAUCCUAUAUCCUUUAGAGAGGGAGACUUUUCUACUGAACAAAGCCCAAUCCAGCAGGAGAGACCAGCCUCCCCUGUUCCCAGCUGUGUGUCCCUGAAGAGUGACCGGUCUAUGGGUCAUCCUAUAAUGUUUAGAGAGGAAGACUUUUCUACUGAACAAAGAAACCAACAGGAGAGAUCAGAGUCAGAGAUUCUCAGUGGUCAGUCUUCCCAGAGUCAUCAAACAGACCUGGACUCCAUAUUCAGUAUGCUUGAAGAGAAAAUGAUGACAUUUGUGAGGAACGAGCUGAAGAUGUUCAAGAGGAUUCUUAGUCCAGAACUCCCAGAAGGCUUUGAGAGUCAGAAGCAGGAUAAGGAAGUUGUGGACGCUGAAGAUGAGAAGCAGGAGAGCAGUGCCAGAGAGGGGGCUCUGAAGAUCACACUGCACGUCCUGAGGAAAAUGAACCAGAAGGAGCUUGCUGACACACUGGAGAAAAAUGAGUUUGCUGUGAUUUGCCAACGUGAACUUAAAUCUAAUCUAAAGAAGAAGUUUCAAUGUGUAUUUGAGGGGAUCGCUAAACAAGGAAACCCAACACUUCUCAAUAAGAUCUAUACAGAGCUCUACAUCACAGAGGGUGGUACAGGAGAGGUCAAUAAUGAACAUGAGCUGAGACAGAUUGAGACAACAACCAGGAAACAAGCAAAUCUAGAGACUGCAAUCAAAUGUAACGACAUCUUGAAACCCUUAACUGGACAAGACAAACUUAUCAGAACUGUGCUGACAAAGGGAGUCGCUGGCAUUGGAAAAACAGUCUCUGUGCAGAAGUUCAUUCUGGACUGGGCUGAAGGAAAGGCAAAUCAGGAUGUCCAAUUUGUAUUUUCAUUCCCUUUUCGGGAGCUGAAUUUGAUGAAAGAGGACAAACACACUUUCAUUGAACUUCUCAAUCACUUCUCAAUGGAAAACAAACAAUCAAGAAUCUCCAACUACAACAAAUACAAAGUUCUGUUCAUCUUUGAUGGUCUGGAUGAGUGCAAACUGCCCCUAGACUUCCAGAAGAACAAGAUCUGUUGGGACAUCACAGAGUCAACCUCAGUGGAUGUUCUGCUGACAAAUCUCAUCAAGGGAAAUCUGCUUCCCUCUGCUCUCCUCUGGAUAACUACCCGACCUGCAGCAGCCAAUAAGAUCCCUUCAGGGUGUGUCGACCAGGUGACAGAGGUAAGAGGGUUCAAUGACCCACAGAAGGAGGAGUACUUCAGGAAGAGAUUCAGUGAUGAGGACCUGGCCAGCAGAAUCAUCUCACACAUAAAGACAUCAAGGAACCUCCACAUCAUGUGCCACAUUCCAGUCUUCUGUUGGAUUUCUGCAACAGUCCUUGAACACAUGCUGAAUCAUAAGAGAGAAGAGAUGCCCAAGACUCUGACUGAGAUGUACACACACCUUGUGGAGUUUCAUACCAAACAGAAGAAUGAAAAGUAUCUUGGGAAAGAAGAGACAGGUCCACACUGGAAUAAAGAGAGCAUUCUGUCACUGGGAAAACUGGCUUUUCAACAGCUUGUGAAGGGCAAUCUGAUUUUCUAUGAAGAAGACCUGAAAGAGGCUGGCAUUGAUGUCAAUGAAGCCUCAGUGUAUUCAGGAUUGUGCACACAGAUCUUUAAAGAGGAAUGUGGGCUGUACCAGGACAAGGUGUACUGCUUCGUGCAUCUGAGCAUUCAGGAGUUUCUGGCUGCUGUAUAUGUGUUCCUCUCAUUCAUCAACAACAAUGAGAAUCUGAUGGACAAACCUCAGUCAAUGGCCAGGAACUUUUGUGCACUGUUAUAUGACAAGCCUAAAGUUACUGUCUACAAGAGUGCUGUGGAUAAAGCCUUAGAAAGUGAGACAGGAAACCUGGACCUUUUCCUCCGCUUCCUGCUGGGCCUCUCACUGGAGUCCAAUCAGAAGCACUUACGAGGUCUACUGACAAAGACAAGAAGCAUCUCAAAGACCCAUGAAAAAACAGUCAAUUACAUCAAGGAGAAGAUCAGGGAGAAUCCCUCUCCAGAGAGGAGCAUCAAUCUGUUCCACUGUCUGAAUGAACUGAAUGACCAUUCUCUAGUGGAGGAGAUCCAAAGCUAUCUGAGAUCAGGAAGUCUCUCAAAACCCAACCUGUCACCUGCACAGUGGUCAGCUCUGGUCUUUGUGUUGCUGACUUCAGAAAAGGAGCUGGAUGUGUUUGACCUGAAGAAAUACUCCAGAUCAGAGGAGGGUCUUCUGAGGCUGCUGCCAGUGGUCAAAGCCUCCACAGUUGCUCUGCUGUCAGGCUGUGGAGUCACAGAGGAAGGCUGUGCUUCUCUGGUCUCAGCUCUGGAGUCAAACCCCUCACACCUGAGAGAGCUGGAUCUGAGUAGCAAUGACCUGAAGGAUUCAGGAGUGAAGCUGCUCUCUGAUGGUCUGGGGAAUCCCCACUGUAAACUGGAGACUCUGAGGCUGUCAGGCUGUCUAGUCACAGAGGAAGGCUGUGCUUCUCUGGUCUCAGCUCUGAGGUCAAACCCCUCACACCUGAGAGACCUGGAUCUGAGCUACAAUCACCCAGGAGACUCAGGAGUCAGACUGCUCUCUGCUAGACUGGAGGAUCCACACUGCAGACUGGAGAAACUCAAUGUGGAACAUGGUGGAGAGAACAGAAUGAAACCUGGGCUUAGAAAAUAUGUCUGUGAUCUCACACUGGACCUAAACACAAUAAACAGACUCCUCUCUCUGUCUGAGGAGAACAGAAAGGUGACACGGAGGAGAGAGGAGCAGCCGUAUCCUGAUCACCCAGAGAGAUUUGAGGACUGGGAACAGGUGCUGUGUAGAGAGGGUCUGACUGGGCGUUGUUACUGGGAGGCAGAGUGGAGUGGGAGAGGGGCUAGAAUAGGAGUGACAUAUAAAGGAAUCAGCAGGAGAGGAAGAGCAGGGGGUAAGGACUGUCUUAUUGGAUACAAUGACAAGUCCUGGAGUCUGACCUGCUAUGACAACAAUUACACUGCCUGGCACAAUAGUAAUCCCACUACCAUAGACGUCCCCUCCUCCAGCCCCCACAGAGUAGGAGUGUAUCUGGACUGGCCAGCCGGCACUCUGUCCUUCUAUAGAGCCUCCUCUGACACACUGACCCACCUGUACACAUUCACCUCCACAUUCACUGAGCCCCUCUACCCAGCGUUUAGGGUUUGGGAUAAUGACUCCUCCUCAGUGUCCCUGUGUCAGUUGGUUCCUGUGUCAAACACAACAUGAUGUUUCACUCUAGUCAUGGGUUUUAUGUUUGAUCAGAAUAUGACCCUUAAAUACAUAGAGUAACAAACACCAAUUUGGGUUCAUUCCUUUAAAUAGUAACUCUGUGUCUGUCUCUUUCUGUGAUCCUGAGAGAAUGGUUCAGACGCACCACACACACACUUGACACACACACACACACACACACACACACACACACACACACACACACACACACACACACACACACACACACACACACACACACACACACACACACACACACACACACACACACACACACACACACACACACACACACACACACACACACACACACACACACACACGGAACCUUUUAGUUGUACGUAUCCACAUAACUGAGUAUGUGACUGACCUUGUGAAACUGUUAUAAUGUCCUGUUCUUGGGAGUAAAAUCCUGUGUUGUCAACCAGCUGUCCGACUCACAAAAUAACUUGAACCCGACAAUAAAAAGAAGGAAACAGAGGCAACAGAGGGAGAAGGGUAAGCGUGCCUUUCUCCUUAUGGACAAACUCUUCAUAGAUGGACAGCUAUUCCGAGACUGCUCCAUAACACCAUGGCUGUACUAAAUUCUACAGGGACUUCAGGUUACGAAAAAAAGAAAGUAUGGGAACU